AUGGUCUGUACGAAAUGUGAAAAGAAGUUGGUUAGCAUGGCUGCUCCCGACAAGUGGAAGGAAGGAUCCACUAAUUCUGUUGCUGGAUCAUCCGGACGCAAGUUGAAUCAAAACAAGUUAUUAUCGAGUUCAGCAAAAUUGAGGCAAGACGAUCUCGGUUGA